GAAGAAGGAGGGGCUGGCUGAUCACGCAUUACUCCCUGGAGAAAGAAAGAAGAGGGCAGGGCUUGAGAUCGAGCUGCACUACUUGUUGCCUGUGUGAAGGAGCAUAAAGACUCCAAGCCGGUCAGCCUGUGGGUCAGUGAGCUGUUCAAAGCAUGAGGGGAAAAACGUUCAGCCAAUGUUUCCAAGCUUAGGAACGAUAUAGGAAAAAUAAGCACAAACAGGAGAAGUGGUCACACUGACAGAGUGGAGAAUGAUGGCGGAGGGGCGCUUUGCAAGUCUACCCAGAUCCCUCCAUGCUCACCACACCCUUGGAAGAGGCUCCACCCACACAGGAGUGCCCAGCGCCUCCCUUGCCCCCCAUAGUAGUGGAAUCUGCUCUUCCAGGAGGCUUCAGGCCUCCCUCACCACCUCCAUGGACCUCCUUGGUGCCAAACCUGGUUUGCCUCCUGGCGUACCAGAUAUCCCCACUGCAGCCUACCAGCCCAUCUCAAUCCAUGGAACUCUGCCUCGGCGAAAGAGAGGAGCUGGGAACAGCAGCACCCAUGGGAGCUUCACAUGGGAGCCUAAAGCCAAUCAGGCCUCACUUUGCAGGAACCCAUCACUGCCUCCAGGACACAUGCAUCAACCCACGACAUCCUCACUGGCCCCAGACAUCACUGAGGACUUUAAUAGUUACAGGGAUCCUGCAGCUGCCCUGGAUGCCGCUGUGGACUAUGUGAAGUUCUCUCGAGAUCAGUUCAUCCUGGACUGUUCCUCCGAGAAACUUCGCAGGGAGCUCGAACAGGAGCUGAAGAUGAACUGCGAAGAGCCCAGAAGUCACGCAUGGUACCAUGGCGCAAUUCCCAGACAGGUUGCAGAAAACCUAGUGCAGCGCGACGGAGACUUUUUGGUCCGCGAUUCACUGUCCAGCCCUGGAAGUUAUGUUCUGACCUGCCAAUGGAGGAACGCUCCUCAGCACUUUAAAGUCAACAAGAAGGUAGUGAUGCUUAAUGAAGCUUACUCUAAAGUUGAGUAUCGACUCGACAAAGACGGAUUUGACAGCGUUCCUUCUCUAAUUAGAUUCUACGUUGGAAACAGAAAACCUGUGUCACAGGUUGUGGGAGCUAUCAUCUUCCAGCCAAUCAACAGGUCGCUCCCUCUGCGCUAUAUGGAAGAAAAGUACGCCCUGUCGGGUAACCAGAGAGAGGCGGGGCUUGUGGCCCAGGAAAAGCCUUGUCAGAAACGUCUGAGCCUCAACAUCACCAACGGAAUCGGGCAUCCUGUGCAAGACGGUUCACACUGCCCAGACAACAGUUUGAGUCGCAGCAGUCACCUCAGGCUAAAGGAUCGCUGCGGCAGCCAACCAGCAAGUCUCAAUCAGGUCCAGGAGCGCCGACGCCCACUCAAGGCGCACCAGUCUGAUAGCUUUCUACCCCUUGGGUCCAAACCUCAGUCUCAGCAGUCCCCUGACCCCCUCCUGCCCAGCCCCAAGUCUCCGGUAUUUCGAACCGGCAGUGAGCCGGCACUGAGCCCGUGUGUUCCACGGAGAUCAGCAGAACAUCAAGCAGGACAGGCGAUCCGUGGUUCUGACAGUCAGUUGUGUCCCAAACCCCCCCCCAAACCCAGCAAACUGCUCCUGGCUCAGUCGCCUCAGGCCCCCUCUGUUCAGCCCUCGCGGUCCCCUGCCUCCUCCCCCAGCUGGGCUGUAUCUCCUCUCGCUGCUUCCUCUUGCAGUGCAGCUGCAGGCCCUCCCGCUCCCCCGGCAAAGCCCCGUAAGCUGCAGCGGACGCUUCCUCAAAGCAUCCAGCCUGUCGAAUGGGAGUCGACAGGGCGAGCGGAGCACCUGCGACCGAGCCCCACUGAAGGCCACGUUCAGUCAAGCUCCACCACAGACCUAAAUCCUGAACUCCCUCCAUCACUCUGCAGCUAUGUGGAGAGGCUGAAGAGGGAAGGAGACAGGUCAAGAGGCGAGGACCAGGAGGAGAAAGUAGAGGGAGGGGGCGGAGGGCCGGACAGAAACUCCUACCAUCACACCAUAGAAGCCUCGGAGCACACAAGCGAGGAGGAAGAGGAGGAAGAUGGAGAAAGGGAUUUACCAAAGAGAGGAAAAGUAAGAGGCGGAUUUCGGAGGCCGGUGGAAGAAACUGAGUCGAUGUUCAGGCCGACGGAUUUUGAAUCGCGACUUCUUCCCCCUGAGAACAAACCGCUGGAGAUGGUUGUUCUGAGGAAAGCCAAGGAGCUGGUGCUCAGCCACGAUCACCAGAGUUUAGCCAGACACCUGCUGAUGGCCGACUGCCAGGUAGCGAGAAUCCUCGGAGUGACGCCAGAGAUGAAAGGUCAGAUGGGCGUGUCCUCAGGUCUGGAACUGGUGACGCUGCCGCACGGACGUCAGCUGAGGCUGGACCUCAUGGAAAGGCAUCACACCAUGGCUAUCGGCGUCGCCGUGGAUAUUCUGGGAUGCACUGGUAGCGUGGAGGAGCGAGCGUCCACCUUAAAUCGCAUCAUUCUGGUUGCUCAGGAGCUGAAGGAUGAGGUGGGAGAUCUGUACGCCUUCACAGCUCUGAUGAAAGCUCUGGACUUUCAGCAGAUCAGCCGUUUGGAGGAAACCUGGACGACUCUGCGCAGGAAUUUCACACAAGCAGCCAUUAGCUAUGAGAAAAUCCUCAAACCUUUCUACAAGAGCUUGUAUGAAGGCACAGCCCCCAGUUCCAAAGCGCUCUGUCUGCCGAUGCUUCUGCCUCUACUUACCUUGAUGGAGCGUCCAUUAAUCCCACCUGAGGGGGCGGAGUUUUGGGAAACCAGUGAUGAAGGCUGUGACAUCAUGCUGCGGCACCUGGAGGCCGCACGAAUUGUAGCUCAGAAUGCACAAAGCCACACGUCCAACGCACAGAUGAUUUUAAAAGGUUUUGAAUUUGAUGAAGGCUUACUUGAAGUGUUUAAAACGGACUUUCAGCUGCGGCUGCUGUGGGGAAGCCGUGGCGCCACCGUCAACCAGUCAGAUCGAUACAACAAGUUCAAUCUCAUCCUCACUGCGUUGUCACGGAAACUGGAGCCCCCAGCUACAACUCAACCUUUAAUCUGACCCUCCCCUCAAUUUCUCAGAUAAAUUCAACGUUCCAUCACGGCACAUCUGACAUCCCAUCCCAGUUCUUUAACGUCUGCAAAAAUCACGACACCAUCCAUGAGCCGAAGUCUCCUCCUGUGGAAGUUUCUUCCUUUCUCCGUUCAGUUUCACGCUUGCUGCUGCUGACUUCCCUUUCUUUAUAUUAGAUUUGUUCACAAAACUUUCCCCCUCUGUCCUUUAAAUAAGAGCAGAGCUGUCGACAGGAUCUGAAAAGGGACAUCAUCCUCACCUUAAAACCUAUUUAACAAGUUGUGUAUUUAAAAUAACAGUAACUGAUGUGAGUUUUAUGAAAUUAGUUACUGAUACCGAAAAAAUAACAUUUCUUUUUAACUAUGACAUACAUUUUGUUCUAAUCAUCCCAUAAUGAGAAUCUAAAUUAAACCAAACCAUCUUUGCAAGUGUGCAGACCAAACAAAUCACUUUAAUCUGUAAAUAUAUAUAUAUAUAUAUUUUUAAGCAUGUUCAUAGACUGUAUGUACAUUUCUUGUAGAAAAUAAAUUUGUUGAUGAAUAUUAUUGUCUAUAUUGUUAAACUUAUGUGAUCAGAUGCAAUAAAUGAAGUUCUCC